AUGCCGCCGAGAAAACAUAUCGUCAAGUCCGGAAACGCUGGAAAUUCCUCCAAAGGCAAGGAAAAGGCGUCAGAACCGGUUGCAGAUCCCAAUAAGCCGCCGCCGCUUUUCCCUCCUGGUUCAAAGUUUCCCGCAAGCCUGUUAUCCGAAAGAUGCCAGAAAGAAGGAUGGGAAAAGCCUCAAAUUGAUACCGUGAGCGCUAGCCUUAAAAUACCCUAUCAUAGACUUCACUUCCAGGAAUUCCAGCCCAGGAAAAAUGACGGGUACUCGUUCGUCGUGACCUUGAGGAGGGUCAACAAGAAGUCAGAUUCUGGAAUGGAUUCUGUGCGCCUUGAACCACAUCCUCCGUAUAUAUGCUCUACCGCCCUUGAAGCCAGACAUUGGGGCGCUACAUAUGCACUCUACCGUUUUUGCAAUGGGAUUCGUCUUCAACUUGUUCUUCCGAAAGGACCCCGCGAUUACUGGAAUCAACUAGCGUCAGAGCAUGCGCAGGCCCCAGAGCAUCAAAGUUGGAUGUACGAAGCCGACCCAUUUGCAGCUAGAAGAACGGUGGUGGAGAGGCAAGCCAAGGCCGCCAUAAAAAACGAACAAAGGGUCACAGGUUCACAGCAAGGCACCGGGUCAUCCUCUGCAGAGUCCAAAGAGUUCGCGAAAUGUCCUGAAGUACGAAUGGCAACUAGUCUCAGGGAUGUGGUUGAAAGCUGCAUCAAGAAGGGUCUCUCCAUGUACCCAGAAGUUGGAGAUGCUUCCGCCGGCCUGACAGAUUCAGUCAUGAGCGUAGCGGCAAGUCAACUGAAGACUCUAGGGUUCACUGGUCAACAGGCCAAGAAAGCCACCGACUUCCUUUCUGCGCCUUCAACCCUUGCUUCCCGUCUCUUGGCUGGGUUGCCACCAUUGGAAGCCUGUAUCGAGUAUCUCGUCCUGGAUCUACCUGAAUGCGAUCUUCCUCCGCGGUUCUUACCUGCAGAUCAUUCCUCCGAUCCAUUCAUCACUUCUGCACACACUGGCACUGAUGAUCUGAGGCAGCGCUGGAUCAAGGAGAAGGCAAUGAAGGAGGCUGGCUGGCCCAAGCACAUAGUCGACGAAAUCGCGUCGGACAAACGGUUUUGUCAAAGCUUCGAGGUUUUGGUUGCUGCACUAGGUCAACGCCUGAUCGGGAACAAUGUAGAGGAUCUCAUCGUCGAGAGCAAAGCAACGGAAGCAUAUACCCUGAACGAAGAGGAAUACUCUGCCCUUGGCGCUCAUUUCGAGGAUCCGGGUCAUCUGGUCAUGCCCCUGUUCAGCGCACCGAUCCUGCUUCACGUUCUCGUGUCGCCUGACCGAUUUCCCUCCAGAGGGUUUGCCCCGAUAUAUAUCACAUCUAAAUCAGUCCCUGGAUACGUUCGUUUGCAUUUGUUGGCCCGUCUACUUGAUGAACUCAGUGACCCGGCGCUGGCGAGCAGCGACGAAGACCUUUGCAUGAUCGCUAUGCGUGUCUUGGAAGAUGCAUGGGCCGUAAUUGAAGACAAUGGCCCACCAGAUGUCUCCGAAGUUAUGAAACAUAUGCUCCCUGCGACUACACAGCCUUCUUUCCAGACAGAGAAAAUUAUUGAAAAGGACGUUCCAACGUCGGCUCCUUCAAGACGACGACGACCCGGUCAGGCUCGAGUGGACAAACGAACCGAUGAAGAGGUUAAGCAAGAGUUCGAGGUGCUAUGCAGGACCAGUAAGUACGGCGAAAUUCUGGAGGCGCGCAAGAAACUUCCUGCGUUCGCAGCCAAGGAAGAUUUCCUCAGGAAACUUCAGAGUAGCCGUGUAGUGGUCGUAGUUGGUGAAACUGGAAGUGGGAAGACGACACAAUUGCCUCAGUUCAUAUUAGAUUCACUGAUCUUCUCGGGGUCGGGAUCCAAGGCCUCCAUUAUCGUCACACAACCUCGCAGGAUAUCAGCCAUCUCCGUCUCACAACGCGUGCAUUACGAGCGCACCCAGGACGGGUCCGUUGGCUACGCUAUCCGUGGAGAGUCUAAGUAUGAGCCAGGAAAGACGAAGUUAUUGUUCUGUACCACUGGUGUCGUGCUCAGAAGGCUCAGCGCUGGUGACACGUUGAAGGAUGUCACACAUGUGGUCGUUGAUGAGGUCCACGAACGAUCUGUAGACUGCGAUUUCCUGCUCUUAGAACUUAAAGAACUUCUCAGCUCACAUCCAACGCUCAAAGUGGUGCUCAUGUCGGCUACCAUAAAUUACAGUAUAUUUUCCAAAUACUUCAACGACGCGCCCUUGCUAAAGAUACCCGGCUUUACUCACCCCGUGACCGACAUAUACCUUGAAAACAUUGUUCCUUUGAUUGGCUAUCGUCCUCAAAUUGGGAAGCAGUUCAAGAAAGGUGGAGACAAGGAAGAAGAAGAAUUCAGUGAACAACCAAACCUUCAAGAGAACGACAUUCGUGCGAUCCAGGCUGUAAGCCGCAACGAUCAUAUAGAUUAUCAGCUGAUAGCAGGGCUGAUAAACCACAUAAUCAAACACGAAGCGAAGUCAGCGAUUCUGGUCUUCUUGCCCGGCACCCAAGAAAUCCGGCAUUGCAUCGAGGCCAUCCGGGCUUCCGUUCCAUCAGGCUCUGCGGACGUUUUCCCCUUGCACGCUAACCUUUCUAGUGACGAACAACUUCGCGUGUUCGCCCCCAGCAAGAAGUGGAAGAUUAUUGCCGCUACUAAUGUUGCCGAGACUUCCAUCACUAUCGACGACGUAGUCCAUGUGAUUGACUCCGGUAAAGUCAAAGAGAAUGCCUAUAACCCGGAACUGGGGUUCUCGACUCUGAAAGAGACCUGGGUAACUAAGGCAGCUGCCCGGCAGCGAAGAGGGCGCGCUGGCAGAACGCAGCCUGGCAAAUGUUUCAAGUUAUUCACCAAGAAAAGGGAAUCGGACAUGAAGGAAUUCCCGACGCCAGAAAUGUUAAGGAUAUCGUUAGAGAACGUGUUGCUUACCGUGAAAGUCAUGAGAGAGGGCGAGGACGUUGAACGCUACCUGAACCAAGCGAUAGAUCCACCUUCCACGGCAGCGAUCAAGAAUGCGAUAGAUACCUUAGAGGAUUUAGGUGCCAUCGAUUCUGAGGGAACGCUGAGCUCGUUAGGCAAACACUUAUCUAUGUUGUCAGUUGACUUGCGGCUCGCAAAAAUGCUCAUUCUCGGGACUAUUUUCCGAUGCUUGGACCCUAUCCUUAGCAUCGUGGCGAUGUUAUCAUCCAAGUCCCUUUUUCUCAGCCCCGCCGAGCAAAGGGAAGAGGCUAACCGCGCGAGAGCGAAGUUCGUCACUGGUAGUAGCGAUCUUUUAACGGAUGUGACCGCCUACAACGAGGUUGUUGGCCUUCGUAAGGCUGGGAAACCCCAAAGCCAAAUCAAACGAUACUGUGAGGAGAACUUUCUCUCCCCCACAACAGUUCGAGACAUCACGACGGUGCGCCAUGAGCUCAUCGCCACAUUGGCCGAUAUUGGUUUUGUACCUUUACAAGUUUCGCCCGACGAUCCGUCCCUCAAUACAAAUAGCAACAAGACCAAUGUACUAAAAGCAAUCGUCGCAGGUGGGCUUUGGCCUCGGGUCGCCAGAGUAUAUCUACCCACCUCUGCCAUUAAAUUCGACAAGGUCCAGGCAGGGUCAGUACAACGCGAUAACUCGGCGAAAGAGUUUAGGUUUUACGACUUGAAAGGCGAGAGGGCAUUCCUCCACCCUUCAAGCAUACUAUUUACGGUAGUUGCAUGGAAGUCGCCCAUCGUGGCGUUCUUCCAGCAGCAUAAAACGACUAAGUCCUUCCUGAGGAGUGUGACAGAGGUCCCUGUCUACGGUGCACUCCUAUUCGGGGGACCUGUAUCCAUCAACCACAUAGCUGGGGGUGUCACAAUUCAGAGCACCGUUGGCCACAUCAAGUUGAAAGCAUGGCCGAGGAUCGGGGUUCUUGUGAACCAACUGCGUCAACUCUUGGAUGUCCAACUACGGCGGUGCAUGGAAGAUGGGGCUACUUUGGAUUUUGAUCGAGAUAAUCCUGUUGCUUUGGCCAUCAUUUCUCUGCUGGAGAAUGACGGAUCUACGGAGUUUUAG